UGGAGCCACUCGCUGAGGCCGCUGCCCUUCCCGGAAGGAAAAAAGCGACGGGCUUUUGGGUUUGGGGCUGGCCCUGGGAUAGCCCGGUGCUUGCUGUAAUUACCUGGGGACCCCGUGACCUCAGCAGCCAGUGCCCAGAUGGUUCUCUUCAUUAUAAGACUAUUGAAAAUGGCCUGAAUCACCUCAUUGUUGAAAAGAGCCAAGUCCUUCAGAAUUGAUCAUCACACAAUCUUGUUGCUGUGUACAAUGUUCUUCUGAUUCUACUCACUUCACUUAGCAUCAGUUCAUCCCCAAGUCAGUAGAGAAUCACUGGCUCCAAGAAAUCCUUAACAUUGGCCAUCAUUUCAGCUGCUGAUGCUGUUCCUCUAAGACAUGUGGCUUUGGCAAAUGAAGCUGUGGGGCCUUGGACCUGGACGGGUGAGAUGGAAGGGAGGACUCCACUCACCUCUUGUUUUGCUGAGGCUGGUCAGUGGCUGCAGGGCCCCAUUGGUGACAGCGACAGCCUUGGUCAACCAUUGGACACAGCUGUUUGAAAAGAGAGGAGUUCCUGAAGCCCGGGAAUCCAGCGAGUACAUCGUGGCUCAUGUGCUUGGAGCCAAAACAUUUCAGAGCCUGCCAGUCAGCCGGAGAUUCGCCUCCAUCACUGAUCUCCAACGGGAGCAGAUUGCAAAGCUGUGCACUCGGAGGCUUCAGAGGAUGCCCGUGCAGUAUGUCAUUGGUGAAUGGGAUUUCCAGGGUCUCACUCUCAAGAUGGAAUCUCCAGUCUUUAUCCCACGGCCUGAAACUGAGGAACUGGUCAACUUGGUACUUCAUGAGGAAUCCCAGAGAUGCCAAGAAUCCAGAGCGAAGGGCACUAUAAGCCAUCAGCUCCACUCUGGUCCGCUCAUCCUGGACCUCUGUUGUGGCUCUGGGGCUAUUGCUCUCAGCCUCCUGAGCAAACUGACCCAGAGCCGAGUAGUUGCAGUGGACAAAGGGGAAGAGGCCGUGAAGCUCACCAGAGAGAAUGCUCAGAGGCUGCACUUGGAAAAUAGGAUCCAGAUUGUCCGACAUGAUAUCACCUCUGGAGUGAACAGAGAGCAGCUGCUUCCAUGGGGGCCAGUGGACUUAGUGGUUAGCAAUCCCCCCUAUAUCUUCCAUUGUGACAUGGAGCAGCUGGCCCCAGAGAUCCUCAGCUAUGAAGAUACCGACAGUUUGGAUGGAGGAGAGGAUGGCAUGAGGGUGAUAAAAGAGAUCCUGUCCCAGGCACCCAAGCUACUGAAAGACUCUGGAAGCAUCUUCCUAGAGGUUGACCCUCGUCAUCCAGAACUUGUUGGGAAUUGGUUACAGAACCGGCCUGACCUGGAUCUCUCCAUCUCAGCUACACAUGUUGACUUCUGUGGCAAGCCUCGGUUUCUACAUAUUCACAAGUCAAGAGGCACUGGCAGGAAGGGUACCCAGAACUUGCCAAACCUCCAAGUUAUGGGAGCAUCCAGAAAAUCUACCUUUCUGGGACACUGAUAACACAUCAAGAGGCAAGAUGGUUCUCCCAGGAUUGGUUGCCCAGACUCCAGGAACACUCCAUGGUGGAGGAGUGAGGGUGGGGGAGAUGAUUUUUUUUUUCUAUCCAAUAUCUUGCUCUCAAAAUGCUCAGGUAUGGGAUAUACAUUGGAGGUUCUGGAGGGGUAUCUGGAUACGGAUUUUGGGCUCUUUUGUGGAAGCAACCAAAACCCCCGUCCUGAGCCCAUUCACUGGUUGUGGUAGUGAUGUUUAUUCUCCUGUGCAGAAAUAUUCCUUAUAGCCCCAAAGGGGUCUUACCAACUCCUCUCACUCCCCUCAACAAUACCUCAUCAACAACUAUUCUUUUUAUAAUAAUAGCUUUUUAUUUUUCAAAAGACAUACAAAGAUAGUUUUCAACAUUCACUUUUGAAAAAACUUGUGUUCUAUAUUUUUCUCCCUUCUUCCUCAUCUCUAGAUAGCAAGUGAUCCAAUUAGGUUAAACAUGUGCAAUUCUUCUAAAUAUAUUUCCACAUUUGUCAUGCUACACAAGAAAAAUAAGAUCAAAAGAGGAAAAAUAAGAAAGAAGAAAACAAGCUAACCCACAACAACAACCACAAAAGGUGAAAAUACUGUGCUGUGAUCCACAUUAGGUCCCUAUAGCCCUCUCUCUGCAUGCAGAUGACUUUCUCCUUCACAUGUCUCUUGGAAUUGCCCUGAAUCAUCUCAUUGAUCAACAACUAUUCCUUAUCAGUCAAUGUGGAGAAAAACUGUUGAGCUGACUAGAAACAUGGAUGAACAAAAAUAACCUCCAUUGGUUCUUUCUGUCUUAUGGAAAGAGUACUGGAUUUGGAGCUGGGAGUAGGGGGGAGAGCCUAGAUUCAAGUCUGUGAGCAACUUUGUCACUACCAGCUGUGCAGUAAUGAGUCUCAGGUUCCUCUCCUGUUGAAAUGGGAAUAAUGAUAUUUGAUCCCUUUCACAAGGUUAUUAAAUAAGAUAAUAUAUGUAGAUCAAGAGUUUAAGUAAUGUUAAAUAAAUGUGAACUGUUAUUAUUUCUAUGUCUCUUGAAAAGUUGAUAUAUUCCUUGUGAGUAUGUCUGGUGAGGGGAUGGUGUGGGAGGAUUAGUCAGUCAAGCAUUUACUAAGCCCUUACUUUAUGCUAAGUAAGCACUGGUGACUAAUAAGUCAAGCCUCUCCAAAGUUUCUGUUUUUAAUUGAAACUUGUAUUUAUUUAACUAAAAGGGUAGGCUGGGCCAAGUGGCAGACUGCCUUUACCCUCUUGUUCCCCCAAAGCCAGUUUUUGGCUUUUACAAAAGUUUUAGCUUAACUAUACCUUGUUUUUUACCCAUCAUUAAUUUGUUACUACUGGGGAUUUUGGUCAAGUUAGAAACUAGAAGUGAAUCUGAAUUUGAAGGCUGUUAGCCACCGAAACCCUUGGCUACUCAGAUAAUCCUGUAGAUUCUGCCUUCUCCCCCUCUAAAGGGGCAGACAUUUCAUGUUUGGGGCAAAACUCAUAUAAAGCCUGGGUUGGCAGGUUACCUCCAUUCCAGAAGCUAGGUGAUGCAGCGGUUAGAGCACUAGAUUUAGAAAGAUCUGAAUUUAAAUCCAGUCUCAAACACUUACUAACUGUAUUUUGGGAGUGUGUAGCAGUAAUUUUGGUUCUGAUGUCUGUGUUCAGUGGGAAUACCAAUGGAUAGAGUGCUAGGCCUGGAGUCAGGAAAACCUGAAUUCAAAUGCCGUCUCAGACAAGUACUAUUGAGUAAGUUACUUAAACUCUCAGUGUUCUAGACCACACUGAGACUUAAAUUAUGGACAAGAUGUCAUUUAUAAUAUUAGAGGGAGUUCACUACAUGGAUGAAAUGACAGAUAUAUGACAUAAUAAUAGCAAACAUUUAUAUGGUGUUUUAAGAUUUUUUAAGUAAUUUAUAAAUAUCUCAUUUUUGAUCUGAGAAAAGGGUCCCCUUAAAAAAGAAAAAGCAGCCUUUACAUCUGACAAAGCAUUUUCCUGAACAACAGUCUUGGCAGAGCAAUGGGGUAGUGAUUAAUAUCCCCAUUUUACAGGUGAAAUAACUAAGGCCAGGAGAGGAAAAAUGCUUAUAUGGACAGUCAGUGCGGAGCUUGAUUAUCAGGAGGUGGGAGCUCUCACCCUUGGCCCAGAUAGUAGCUCAGACAUGUUUUUUGGUGUGGCACUUUGGAGAGCUUGCUGGUGGCAGAAUGGUGACUCUUGGUGAGCUCAGGGCAUAUUGGGUAAUUUUAACCUGCAAAGAACUGGGGGCCAGGGAGCUAGUCUCUUUUAUUCUAUCUGUGGGAACAUUUUUUCACACGUGAAAAAAAUUGGUCCCUUGUAAUUCAAUUCAGAAAACACAUUUUAUUCAGGAGCAUACUGUGCUCAAGGCCUUAUGUUGUUACUAAGCAACACAAACCUGAAUUCAGAUCCUACCUCAGAUGCUUAUGAGCUGUUUAACCCUAGACAAAUAACAUCUAAUUCAUAGGGCUUACUGUCAGCUUCAAAUGAGAUAAUAUUUGUAAAGUGUUUUGCAAAUCUGUAUUAAAAACUAUGACUAUAAUUAUUUCAUCUGCUGUGUCAUGAAAGAAAUAGCUCCUGAGCUGAUCAUCAAAGGAUAGAAAAAAAUUCAACAGAGGGAUAUGGGUAAGUCACUAUUAGACUGUAAGUUUCUCUAGAGUAAGCACUGUAUUUCUAUAACCAAUACAGUGUUUGACACAUAAUAACUAUUUUUAGUUUUCAUUCAUUUGUUCAUUUUGUUUAUUCAUUCGUUCUUUCAUUCAUUGCUUUAUUUUUUUAUGAGGAAGGAACAGAGAGAGGAAAAGAUUGGAUAACACCAGAGAAGGGAGUGUAGUCCAGUCUGGGUGGAUUAUAGGAAGGGAAGAAUUCUGGAUACUUGGCAAAAAUGCCCAAACAGGGCAUGCAGCAACAGCCGCCUGAGGGAGCUUCAAUCUGCUCCACAUAGUUUGGGAAGAUGGACGCUAACAGGCGCAGCUCCGCCAUGGUUCAGAAAUGGGCCAGGAGCGGGCCUGAAUGGGAGAUGAAUGGACAAGGCCCAGUCAGCCAGAGAUGCCACGAUAAUCCCUUUUGUGGGAGUUGGGUUUCCUUGUAUACCAAGCUGAAAUCGAUCUCAGCGUGACCAAGACUCUGAGCCAGCAGGCCCCUUCCGAGAGCCUCCAUUUUUCCUUCUCAUUUAGGGACUUCGUCACUUUGCACUAUAAAAAGCUCUCUCUGUUCUGGGAAGACCAAGACCCGGUGCAAAUGGGAAAAGGAACAGUAAGUCUGGUUUGCCAUGACAUCUUCCAAGGACAUCUCACUCCCCAGCAGCGUCCCCCUCUCAUUGGAUAGUGGGAGGUCAGAGAAUUGGAAGGAAGUUGCAGUUAGGAUUUGAACCUGAAUUUUCUGACUCCCCCGACUAUAUAAUUAAAUCUAAAAAUCUUUGAUUUUUAUUCUCUGACAAUUCCAAGCUUGGGAAGCGUUUGUUGGGCCAACCCUGCCAAGCCACCAGCAGAGGAUGCUGUAACUUCAUCCUAGGCUUUGGACCGCUGGGAUUCUGAAGGGAGCUCCGAGUACUGACCACAAUGGGGACUGGGAAUCUCUAAAAAAGUCCCCACUUCUGGACUUGGCAAAGGCCUUUGCUGGUGGGAUCUGGCCACCCAGGAGCCCAGGAUCAUAUGCAUGCUGUAUUUAUCAGCUACCUGGCCUUCCUCAGUAAAGGCAGAGAUCGCAAGUAUGAGAAGCAACAUCUUUGUGUGAUAUUCUCAUUAGCCUGGCAUGGUCCAGAGCUACGGAUGCCCUUCACUUUGGGCCCUGUCUGAUUAAGCCUGAGGCACUGAUUGCUUCUCAAGAGGUGAGGGGAAGUGAUCUACAAGAGACUAGCAAAGAGAAGCAGGUAUAUGUCAGGUUGAACAUACCUUCAUCCUCAACACCUCCUCAACUCCAUUUUUUAAACUUGUUAUUCAGUCACAUCUGACUCUUUGUAACCCCAUUUGGGGUUUUCUUGGCAAAAACUGAAGUGGGUUGCCAUUUCCUUCUCCAGCCAUUUAACACAUUAGGAAACAGGCAAACAGGUCACCAGCCAGUAAAUGUCUGAGGUCAGAUUUGAACUCAGAUGUUCCUGACUUCAGGCUCAAGCUAUGACUUUCUCUAUUUUCCAUUACCCCCCUCACACAGAUUGAGACAUCUAUAUCCUGCUCAAAUACUGUUGUCAGUUCAAUAGGCACUCUGGGAACAGGGGGAGAAAGUACUGAACUCUUUACCCUAUAAUAGUAGUUAGAGCAUGAUGACCCUCUUUUCUGAAAUGUGACUCCCCCCAAAAAAUGGGUUGAUAAGAAAACAAUCAAUGCCAACCUGUGUAGAUGCUAGCAAAACUGUGAUAUUCAAUACCAAGGCAGUAAGGAUUCUCUAGCCCAUCUAAGCCUAUCCCCUAAAUAAACCGUUCCCCCAUUGGGGGUUUCAGAAGGCAGGUCAAGGGAAGAAAGGGUGUUUUAAGCUCCUGGGAGUCAAGAUCUUUGAGGGUCUUUUGGCAGCCUCUCUGUAGCUUAUUAUAUGUAGGACCAAAUGGAAACCCUUUGAGUUGCCUGAAGGUGAAAGAUAUUCCUUCUCUAAUGAUAGAAAUGAUGGAAAUUGGAGUAUUUCAUUAUACCAACUCUCAUUACAACAAACCUAUGUGGCUCAGGAGGAAGAUAAAUGGCACCUUGUAGCUUUACAGAGGGUUAAACAUGGUUGUCAUAUUACUCCAACUGUUCCUGACCAUCUUUUCCCCAACAAUAUUGUACAUUAGGUAGCCAUGACCCAGAGUGAGUGGUAAGAGAUUGUGGACAUCAUUAAUACUUUUUUUCCCCUCUUUGCUCAUAGUUGAGACUAGUCACUUUUGCUUGGGAGAAAGCCAAAUAUAUUUUCAAUGUCUUUCCCCAUGGGUACUUGAACUCUUCACUCAUUCUGUUACAUCCUGGUGGGCAAAGAAAUGAAAGUGUCUUUCUUCCCUGGAGGAAACAGAUAUACAUCAAUCAUUAACUGAUAACAUAAUGUUGAUUGAGCUGAGUGAGAUCACAGUGAUCUGGAAGAUCUAAAUCUUGCUUCUCUGGGUCUCUUAGAUCUAGUACUCUUCAAAAAGUAGUUGUGAGUGCCAGACAUUGAAGCCUCUGGUCCAGACUUCCUCUAAAAGCCCGAUGGUUAUUGGACUAUAAGGACUUGACUCCUGGAAAACAUUGUUUUGUCUAAUUUAGCAGAGAUUGUAUCUGCUUCGAGAGAUAUAUGGAGCUGUAUUUUGGCAGCCACUGCUCCAGGAAGGGGUCACCCUAGGGAAUGGAGGAGCUGGCAAAUGCUCCCGGUGGGAUGAGCCUCAGGGUGAAUAGCUGGUGUGUGAGGUAGCCUGAAGGCACGGGGCAGAGUCCUGCAAGGUAGUUCUGGGGCUGGCUGAGGGGAGGGAACUGGUCUGGACAAUCAGAAACUCCUCUUUGGGUCAGUAUCAAUGGAGAAAUUUUACCAAUGCCUCCCUCUGCAUAUAAUUGUUUGUGGAGGAUCUUAGCAUCCAUGGGAAAGCUAGUGGGGCAGUGCAUAGAGUACUAGACCUGGAGUCAGGAAUAACUGAGUUCAAAUCUGGCCUCAGAUACUGUCUGACUAUGUCACUCUGAGCAAGUCACUUAACCUCUUUUUACCUCAGUUUCCUCAAGUGCAAAAUAACACCUAUCUUCCAGGGUUAUUGUGAGAAUUAAAUGAAAUAAUAUUUGUAAAGUGCUUAACUCAGUGCCUACUACAUAAUAGGUGUUUAAUAAAUGCUUCUUUCUUUCCUUCCUUUCAUCCUUCCUUCCUUUCUUCCUUCCUUCCUCUCUCCCUUGCUCCUUUCUUUCCUCCAUCCCUCCCUCCCUCCUUCCUUCUUCCUUCCUUCUUUUCUUCUAUCCAUCCUUCCUUUUUUCCUCUUUUUUCUUCCUUCCUUCCUUUCCUCCUUCCUUUCUUCCUCCCUUUCUUUCAUCAGAGACGUUAUAUACUCUCUGCUGAAUUAAACAUCAAGGUUGGAGUCAUUAGAGCUUGGAGAGAAUUCACUGGAAAUAGAGACCAUGGUGCCAUGUUGUGCUGGGUACAGGACCAUAUGAUCCUCCUAAGGAAAAGGCAGUUAUUCCUGCCCAGCUAGAUUCUUUGGGCCAAUAAGAAUAUUUACCUAACCUAAAUGGCCCUUAACCAUUCCCCAAUUGACAAAAUGACUCUCUUGCCCUCAUUAGUUGCCAUUAAUAAGGGCAAAUAGCAAGAAAUUUACCUUUAUUAAUCAACAGCUAUACCCUCUGUAUUCUGAUGGAAGUGGAUCUCUUCGAUAAAAAGAGCUAAUUCAGUUUCAAUUGAUCAAGGAUGGACAGAAGCAGCUACACCCAAAGAAAGAACACUGCAACAAGAGAACUGUUCAGUUCUGCACACAUAUAUUGUAUCUAGAAUAUACUGUAACCUAUUUAACAUGUAAAGGACUGCUUGCCAUCUGGGGGAGGGGGUGGAGGGAGGGAGGGGAAAAAUCGGAACAGAAGUGAGUGCAAAGGAUAAUGUUGUAAAAAAUUACCCUGGCAUGGGUUCUGUCAAUAAAAGGUUAUUAAAAAAAAACUGAAUGAAUGUCAAAUUUAGUUCUAUGCAGGUAACAGUUGUACAAUUUGGUUUUGAAUCACAAGUACAUUUUGCUUUGAUCACCAGAAAACUCCCAUUAAGAAGCUCUUUCUGGACUGGUCUCAAAAAAAUUUAGCUGGGAUUUGUGAACUUGAGUGAUUAUAUAAGCAUAUUAUUGAAAGUAUAGUUAUAUAGGUUAAUUGUUGGAAGACUAUCUGUUCAGUCACUAGGCAGAAAACCGUGGUCCACAAAUUUUCUUUUCAGGAGUUUCAUUGAUUAGAGGACUGACUUUUCUGGAAAAUAUUUUUAUUUUUUAUUCUAUUUAAUUCAAUAAAUAUUUCUUAAAUGAAAAAAAAAAAA